CAAAUGGACUAGACCCAAAUGUGGACAGAGCGAAAACGAAAAUAUGUGCGGCUUGGACAAGAAAUUUGCAUUGGUAACCGGGGGUGCUCGAGGGAUCGGCUUCGCUUGCAUUAAACAACUUCUUAUCAACGGAAUUGAGGGGGUAACCUUAGUCGAUAUCGACGUGGCCGCUGGCCGGAAAUCUACCGAUAAUCUUCAAGAUGAAUUCGGAGUGGAAAAGGUGAUUUUUAUUGAGGCGGACAUUUCGAAAGGUAACCAAGUGGAGGAGGCCUUCAAGAAAUCUGUCGCGCACUGGAAACACCUCGACAUAGUGAUCAAUAAUGCGGGAAUUGCGGAAGAGCAGAACUGGGAACCUUCGAUCUUGACGAACUGCAUGGGAACGGUUCAUGGAACACUCAGGGGGUUGGAAUAUAUGAGCACGAAGCGAAAUGGUCGAGGGGGCACGAUUGUAAAUCUAUCCUCCAUAAGUGGUGUAUAUCCGGUACCUCCACUCCCCGUGUACGCGGCCACCAAGUCGUUUAUAGCCAUGAUGGGCCGUUGCUUGGGCAACUCGAUUUACGAGGACCACAACGACGUAAAGGUUCUCACUGUGUGUCCCGGGGCGACGGUCACUGAUAUGGAUCCAACGGAGGUGGUUACGAACUCCUUCUGUCCAAACAGUCAUGAGAUCUAUAAGGAAUUUGUAGAGAAGGCGGUGCUGCAAUCGGCGGACGACUGCGCGAAGAUCAUUGUGAAGGUGAUGCUUGAAGGAAAGGGGGGAACCGUGUGGGUUAUUUCGGGAAACAAAUCCAGACAAAUCGAUUUUUCGAGCAUUUAUCAGCAGUGUGCCUUUUAAGGUGGGGCAUAUGUAAUGUGCACCUAUAAAUAAAUAUCUUCUUUUUUA